AUGAGCAUACCCGAAUAUUCAAAGAUGCUGACUGGCGAUAUGGUUGUCCUUCUGAAAGCUCGUCUUGUUCCAAAAUUAGUCGGAAAAAUAUGUACAAGCUCUUAUUAUGGGCGGCUGGCUGCACGCUUUUUAAGGGAAGAACUAAGAAAGACGGGGAAGUUUGCAAGAUUUGAAUGGACUCGAGGUGGAGCGAUGUUCAGCGAGUACAUCGAAAUACCCAUGACUCCUCAAGAUGCUGCCAAUUACACAAUGGGAGGCUGUGGAUCCUUUAUAUAUGGUUCUGUGAGUAAUUCCUAG